CCCCGUGGGUGGGAAUAGAAGGAGGGAGCAGUGCCUGCGAGAGAGGGGGCAUCCGGAGUGCUGGGUGGCCGAGAGGGCGUUUCCCAGAAGUGACGUCUCCACUGAGCCCGGAAGGACGUUGGGUGAGCCAGGUGACAGCGUACUCUAGCAGGGACCUGCAUUUGUCCAGUCCUGGAGUCCAGAAGGCAGACGCUCAGGGGCUGGGGCCGAGUGCAGAGCCCUAUGAUCUCCUCCUUGUCACCCCCUCCACCCGCCGGACUUCAGAUCUGACCCCCGACCCGCCUGCCGCCCUCGGGAGGCCCGCCCCCCAGCACGAUGCCUAUCCUCAAGCAGCUCGUGUCCAGCUCAGUGCACUCCAAGCGCCGCUCCCGCGUGGACCUCACGGCCGAGAUGAUCAGCGCCCCCCUGGGUGACUUCCGGCACACCAUGCACGUGGGCCGGGCGGGGGAUGCCUUUGGGGACACCUCCUUCCUCAACAGCAAGGCCGGCGAGCUGGACGGUGAGUCCCUGGAUGAGCAGGCCUCCUCCACGUCCUCCAAACGCAGCCUCCUGUCGCGGAAGUUCCGGGGCAGCAAGCGGUCGCAGUCGGUGACCCGGGGGGACCGGGAGCAGAGGGACAUGCUGGGCUCCCUGCGGGACUCGGCUCUGUUCGUCAAGAACGCCAUGUCCCUGCCCCAGCUGAACGAGAAGGAGGCGGCCGAGAAGGGCUCUGGCAAGCUGCCCAAGAGCCUGUCGUCCAGCCCCGUGAAGAAGGCGAGCGCCGGGGAGGGCGGCCAGGAGGAGGCGGGCGAGGGCGAGCUUGGGCCUCGGCGGAAUGGGGCCGCCGCCCCCCACUCCCCGGACCCCCUCCUGGACGAGCAGGCCUUUGGGGACCUGACGGAGCUGCCCGUCGUGCCCAAGGCCAGCUUGGGGCUCAAGCACGCCGAGUCCAUCAUGUCCUUCCACAUUGACCUGGGGCCGUCCAUGCUGGGCGACGUCCUCAGCAUCAUGGACAAGGAGGAGUGGGAACCGGAGGAGGAGGAUGGCGGUUACCACGACGACGGGGCCGCGGCCCGCUGCGGCGCCCUGCAGGCUCCCGUGGUGGCCGCGGCACCCACAUGCGCUUCUCGCAGCCGGCACCCCCGCCCGGCCUCGGCCCGCAGCGAGGGCAGCCACACCCCGCGGGACAGCAGCUCCCUGUCCAGCUGCACCUCGGGCGUCCUGGACGAGCGCAGCCCGGCCUCCCGGGGCCCCGACAGGGCCCGGGCCCCACUGGCCCGGCAGCCCGACAAGGAGUUCUCCUUCAUGGACGAGGAGGAGGAUGAGGAGAUCCGAGUGUGAGUGAGGGGCUCCCGGCGGGGCUCCGUCUCCUCCCUGCCCCCGGGGCCGCCGCCCCCUUCCCUGCCCCGUCCCGUGCAGGGCAGCCAAGAACCCUGGACUCUCCCGGGCGCGGGGAGCUGGCAGGGGCCGCAGGGUGGACGCAGCCCUGCUGAGCGCUGGGGGACAGGAACCUUUCCUCCGCCCCGGCCUCAGGUGGAUGUCACUGGCGGCCAAGUUCCUGCCUCGUCUGGCCGCCGCAGCUCAGCCCCGCGGUGGCCGGGGGCCACGGCUAAGGACGCUUGGCUCACCUUCCCUCUCCUGGCGUUUCUGCUGCGACUGGUGGCGUGUGGCAGGAGGAAGGGUGGUCACGGCCCCCGGCCCCUCCGUCCCUCAUCCCCAGCUCCUGCACCACAAGCCUGGAGCCCCUCGGAGCAAAGCCGGACCAGAUGUGUGCACUAAACGCAGCCCCUUCCAGGGGACAAGAACGGGAUGGGGAACGAAAGGAGGCCCCGGGCUUCUUGAAUUUUCUAGAAGGGGCUCUUUCCAGGAUGACACUAGGAACAGGCUGGGCGCUCACUCGCUCGGUCGCUGUUGAUUUGUUUGUUCUUCUUGUUCUUCUUGUUUAAAUCCUUCCAGAGCGGUAUCUGGAACAGUGUUAGCAGGUCUGCCGCCAGAAGGAAAAUCAGAUCCUUUUAGAAAACCUUUAUACUAAGUGCUUCCAAACUUUAUUUAGAACUGUAUGGGGUGGGUGUCCGUGCAUGUCUGUCCCUCCUCCCACCCCAUAGCUACUAACAAUUGAAGGCAGCCGGUGUAGAAAAUUUCUGGAAGAUGAUUUUUUAAAAAAAAAUAUAUAUCAUUCCUAUGGAGGGAUAAAAAGCUUUUUUGACUGGAUUACCCCCCCACACACACACACACUACUUCCUCUUCCUUCAGGCCUUUUCUGCCAGCAGGACCCCCUCCCCCACUCCUGAGGGCCCUGAGGGUAUAGAGUUGCCAGGUUUAACAACAGAACAAAACUAGAAUGCUGACAUAAAUUAGAAUAUCGGGCAUACAGAGGAUAAUUUUUUAGUAUCUAAGUAUGCCCUGUGCCACGUUUGGAACAUACUUAUGCUAAACAAAAAAAAUGAUCGGUUCUUUUGAAAUUCGAAUUUCACUCUGGCCCUCAUAACCCUGCGCCAGGGGAUUGAGUGGGAGCUUGGGUGCGUGGCCCAGGGUUAACGGAUGCUGAUUUUCCUGUCCUGGGAAUAAGCUAACCCACCUUCUCCUGUCCCCUUGUAGCGGUGUGGGGAGGGGACAGACACAAGUACCACGGGCCCCAGGCCGGGGCCGGUGGGCGGAGCUGCUCUGGUCUGCCGUGUUUUGUCAGAUCCUGAUCCAGACGCUAACUUAGUUCCUGAUUCCAGCACUGUUUCUAGUAGCGCAGCUCCCGCUAGGGGAGGAAUGAGAAGGGGCCCUGCAGCCCCAGCCAGCUACCCUUGAAACCCGUGCAGACCCAGUGGUCAGUUCCAGAUUCUAAACUGUAUAUUUUUUUCAUGGUAUUGUUAAAACAGUGAGGAAACAUUAAAA